CAUGUUCAUUAAUUUAUUAGGUCUUGUUCAUUUCUCUCUCUCUCUCUCUCCUAUUUAAUCCAUGCUGAAAAGCAGUCUUACUUCCCAUCAAAUACACACAACUAGGAAGAGUGAAGUAGCUAGUACAAUAUUUUAUCUUAGCUGCUCCUUCUUCAUGGUCAUGGCCAAAACUCAGAUCCUAAUAAUCUUUGUUUUGCUUCUGAUUGGGCUGUUUACUGGAAGCCAUGGAAUUGUAGUAGCAAAUGAAGAAGAAGAAGCAGAUAGGAUUGUGGGGCUCCCUGGACAACCCAAGGUCUCUUUUCAGCAGUUUUCUGGAUAUGUCACUGUAAAUCACCAUGUUGGCAGGGCCCUCUUUUACUGGCUCACUGAGGCUGCUCAUGAUCCCUUGUCACAACCUCUUGUUGUUUGGCUCAACGGAGGCCCUGGUUGCUCUUCUGUGGCAUAUGGUGCAUCGGAAGAGAUAGGACCCUUUAGAAUAAACAAGAGUGCUUCGGGGCUAUACUUGAACAAGUUCUCAUGGAACUCUGUGGCCAAUCUCUUGUUCCUGGAAACCCCAGCUGGCGUCGGCUUCUCCUACAGCAACCGCUCCUCUGAUCUCUUUGACACCGGUGACGGCCGCACCGCAAGAGACUCAUUGCAAUUCUUGAUCCGAUGGUUGGAUCGAUUCCCACGAUACAAGGGCCGAGAAGUAUAUCUUACAGGCGAGAGCUAUGCUGGCCAUUAUGUCCCUCAGCUGGCCAAAGCAAUUUUGACCUACAAUUCACAAUCCAAGCACCCAAUCAAUCUUAAGGGAAUCAUGGUGGGUAAUGCAGUGACAGACAACUACUAUGAUAACCUAGGGACGGUGACAUACUGGUGGAGCCAUGCCAUGAUCUCUGAUAAAACCUACCGGCAGCUGAUCAACACGUGCGAUUUUCGCAGGCAGAAGAACUCCGAUCAAUGCGAAUCGUUGUAUAGCUACGCCAUGGAUAAGGAGUUUGGAAACAUAGACCAGUACAACAUUUACGCACCCCCUUGCAACAACUCUGAUGGAAGCACUUCUACAAGGCAGAGUAGCAUGCGUCUGCCUCAUCGACCGAUGUUCCGGCAACUAUCUGGCUAUGAUCCAUGUACGGAGAAAUAUGCUGAAGUUUAUUACAACAGGCCAGAUGUGCAGAAAGCUCUCCAUGCCAACAUAACCAGAAUUCCUUACAAGUGGACUGCUUGCAGUGAGGUUUUAAAUCGAAAUUGGAACGACACAGAUAUAUCGGUUCUUCCUAUUUACAGGGACAUGAUAGCUGCUGGUUUGAGGAUUUGGGUUUUCAGUGGAGAUGUGGAUUCAGUGGUGCCAGUUACAGCCACUAGGUACUCCCUUGCACAGCUCAAAUUAGCAACCAAAAUUCCAUGGUACCCCUGGUAUACUAAAAAGCAGGUGGGAGGGUGGACAGAGGUGUAUGAAGGGCUGACAUUUGCAACAGUGAGAGGAGCAGGUCAUGAAGUCCCACUUUUCAAGCCAAGAGAAGCUCUUCAGCUGUUCAAAUCAUUCAUUCAAGGGAAGCCCCUUCCAAAGUCCUCAUGAUAACUGAAAACCAAAAAGAAAAGGAACAAAAAAAAAAAGAAGAGAGAAAUAUAAAGACAGGAAAAGGAAAAAAUUUCCUUGCCAUUUUAAUACCAGAGUCUUCUGAAUUAUUGUUAUUGUUCUAACUAGACAAGAAAAUGUGUUACUAGUGUUGAGAAACAAGUAGAGCUAGAGUUUGAUUGUGUUUUAGGAUGUUAGGCAAAUGGCCUGAGAUGAAGAAGGUUUAGUUUGUAUUUUGUGGGAUAACCCAUCAUCUAGUUUGGCUUUCGCUAGACCAAGUGUAGAAACUCCAUUGGCCAGUGUUUCUUAUUCCAAGAGUGAGUGAAGUGAUGAUUGAAAUGUUUUCA